CUCAUUUCGCUGCCCGGGAGGGGAGAGCGCGAGCGCGAGGGAGCAGGAGAGGAGAGCGCGCGCCGGCCGGAGCGGUGCUCGCCGCGAUGACGCGGGGAAGUUUGCCCGCUCUCGUGCUCCUCGCCGCCUUACUGAGCCGGUGCGGUUCGCAGCAGCAGCAACAACAGCAGCAGCCGUGGCGGCGGUGGCAGCAACAGGCAGCGCCGCAGCAACGAGGCUUGUUUCCAGCGGUGCUGAACUUGGCUUCCAAUGCUCUCAUCAUGACGAAUGCUACCUGUGGUGAAAGAGGUCCUGAGAUGUACUGCAAGUUGGUGGAACAUGUAUCUGGUCAACCAGUGAGAAACCCUCAGUGUCGGAUAUGUGACCAGCACAGCCGAAUUCCAAAUCUGCGACACCCGAUAACAAAUGCAAUUGAUGGCAAGAAUACUUGGUGGCAAAGUCCUAGCAUUCAGAAUGGGAAGGAAUAUCAUUAUGUGACCAUCACCCUGGACCUGCGGCAGGUGUUCCAGAUUGCUUAUGUUAUUGUAAAAGCAGCUAACUCUCCACGACCUGGAAACUGGAUUUUGGAACGUUCACUAGAUGGUGUUAACUACCAGCCCUGGCAGUAUUAUGCUAUCACAGACACUGAAUGUCUGACUCGCUACAACAUUUCUCCUCGCACUGGACCUCCAUCAUAUGCAAAAGAUGAUGAAGUUAUAUGUACUUCGUAUUAUUCCAAGAUCCAUCCACUGGAAAAUGGAGAGAUUCACACAUCUUUGAUCAACGGACGACCAAGUGCAGAUGAUCCUUCUCCAGCCCUGCUAGAAUUCACGUCAGCUCGCUAUAUUCGCCUGCGAUUUCAGAGAAUAAGGACGCUGAAUGCUGAUUUAAUGAUGCUUGCACACAGAGACCUGAUUGACAUUGACCCAAUAGUUACAAGAAGGUAUUAUUAUUCUAUAAAAGAUAUAUCUGUGGGAGGAAUGUGCAUCUGUUAUGGCCAUGCAAAGGCAUGUCCCCUGAAUCCAGCUACAAAUAGAUCUUCUUGUGAAUGUGAACACAACACCUGUGGAGAGAGCUGUGAUCGGUGUUGUCCUGGAUUUAAUCAGAAGCCCUGGCAAGCUGGGACCUUCCUUGUAAAGCACGAGUGUGAAGCCUGCAACUGUCAUGGGAAAACUGAAGAAUGUUACUAUGAUCAGGCUGUGGCGGACAGGAAGCAGAGUCUGAACAUCCAUGGGCAAUACAUUGGGGGUGGUGUGUGUAUCAACUGCACUCAGAACACUGCGGGCAUCAAUUGUGAAACCUGCAUUGAUGGAUACUUCAGGCUGAAAGGGGUGCUACCAGGUGAUCCCCACCCAUGCCGGCAAUGUCACUGCUAUUCGAUCGGCAGUUUAGAUGGCACUUGCGUCAAGGACGAAAAACACGCUUCAGGAGACCUGCUUCCUGGAUUCUGCCACUGCAAACCUGGCUUUGGAGGAGAGCGGUGUGAUCGCUGUGCCCUGGGUUACAAAGGCUUUCCGCACUGUGUACCCUGCAACUGCUCUUUGAAAGGCAGUUUAAACGAUGACCCUUGCCAAGGGCCCUGCAGGUGCAAGGACUAUGUGGAAGGACAAAACUGUGAUCAGUGUAAGCCAGGCUUCUUUAACCUGCAGCAAGACAACCCCCAGGGCUGCGAACCAUGUUUCUGCUCAGGAAUAACCAGGAAUUGUGUGGGCUCUCGCUGGACCUACAGCACUAUUGGGGACAUGAAUGGCUGGUACCUGACAGAUGUACUUGGUCGUGCAAGAAUUAUGCCUCAGCAGGACAGCUUUGAUGGACCUCAGCAACUUAGCAUCAACAACAUGGCUGCAAGAAGUGUUUUUCAACAGAUGUAUUAUUGGAGUGCACCCAGCCCUUAUUUGGGCAACAAAAUCACAGCUGCUGGUGGACGUCUGAAAUUUACCGUUUCAUAUGACCUCCCAGGGGAGGAAGAUGCUCCGCAAGCAAUGCUUCAAUCUGAUGUCAUCAUAGAGGGAAGCGGUUUGAGAAUCUGCACAUCACAGGAGGGAAUUCACUUGAACCCAUUUGAAGAGCAUACUGAAGAAGUGUUGCUGAAGCACAAUUUAUUUAUGUUCCAUGGCACUGACUCUCCAGUCAGCAAAAGGGAAUUCAUGACUGUGCUGGCAAAUAUAAAGAGACUCCUUAUCAGAGCUACAUACAGCUAUGGGAUGAAUGCCAUCUACAGACUGAGUGGUGUUAACCUUGAAGUUGCUGAUCAUUUUUCAACUGGACCAAAAGAUGCAUCUGCUGUUGAAGUUUGCCAGUGUCCUCCAGAGUAUUCGGGUACCUCCUGUGAAAAGAAAGCUCAAGCUAACGCUUCCUUUAGUGUUACACCCACCUAUUCGGUUAAGUCUUGCAGGUCAAGGUACAGACGAGUUAAUGGCACCAUCGUUGGUGGAAUCUGUAGGCCAUGCACAUGUUUUGGUCAUGCUGAGUCCUGUGAUGAUAUCACUGGAGAAUGCCUGGACUGUAAGCACAACACUGGUGGGCUGUAUUGUGAUAGAUGUCUUCCUGGUUUCUAUGGAGAUGCUACUAAAGGAAAACCCAGUGACUGUCAGCUGUGCGCCUGCCCUCUGAGUACGCCUUCGAAUAAUUUCAGCCCCACUUGCCAUUUGGACCAAAGUCAUGGAUUCAUAUGUGACCAGUGCCAACCUGGAUACGCUGGCCUGCGCUGUGAAAGGUGUGCAGAAGGCUAUUUUGGACAACCUUUAAUACCAGGGGGAUCGUGCCAGCCUUGCCAAUGUAAUGACAACCUUGACUUCUCCAUUCCUGGCAGCUGUGACAGCUUGUCUGGAGCCUGUCUGAUAUGUAAGCCAGGUACAACAGGCCAGUACUGUGAGAAGUGUGCUGAUGGAUAUUUCGGAGAUGCUCUUGAUGCAAGAAACUGUCAGCCUUGCCACUGCAAUAUCAAUGGCUCAUUUUCAGAGAACUGCAACUCUGAGACUGGACAGUGUGAUUGCAGGCCCAAUGUUGUGGGGCGUCAGUGCAAUGAGUGUAAGUCCAAUUACUUUUGGGCUCCAGAAAAGCAGUUCUGCAUACCAUGUGGCUGCCACCCACUACAAUCCAUAUCAUUGCAGUGUGACGUAUCAGGGAGAUGUCUUUGUAAAUCAGGAUUCAUGGGUAAACGGUGUGAGUUGAUCAGGCGGGUGCAUAUCCAGAAAGAGAACCCACCUACUUCUCAGCAAAUCAAAGCCCUGCACCCAAGUGCAAGUGGGUGUCCGAGAGGCGCUUUCAAACCUGCUUCUUUGCCUGGAACCUUUGGUGUACAGUCAUCCAGAGGCUGUGUUCCUUGCCACUGUAAUUCGUUUGGAUCCAAAUCUUUUGACUGUGAUGAGACUGGACAAUGUCAUUGCCAACCAGGUGUUGGAGGAAAGAAGUGUGACCGCUGCGCUCAUGGAUUUUAUGGCUUUGAAGAAGGAGGAUGCACCCCUUGUGAGUGUGCUCAUCUUGGAAAUAAUUGUGAUCCACACACUGGCCGUUGCAUCUGCCCUCCCAAUACUGUAGGAAAGAAGUGUGAUAAAUGUGCACCAAAUCACUGGGGUCAUGACAUUAUCAGCGGGUGCAAGGCCUGUGACUGCAGCAUCGUUGGAUCACUGAGUCUGCAGUGUGACCCAGAUAUUGGCUGCUGCUUGUGCCGUCCAGAAUUCUCCGGCAAUAAAUGUGAUGAAUGCCGGCUGGGCUAUCACGGCCACCCAAACUGCAACCCCUGUGAAUGUCUGGUAGCAGGGACUGAGCCAAGCACUUGUGAGUUAGAAACAGGAAAGUGUUCAUGUACUGAUCCUGCAGGACAGUGCAAGUGUAAGGUUAAUGUGGAAGGGGUCAAUUGUGACAGGUGCAAACCUGGUAGGUUUGGACUUUAUGCCAGAAACCCACUUGGCUGCAGCAGCUGCUACUGCUUUGGCCUGACAUCACGGUGCAGUGAGGCAAAGGGGCUGAUCCGCCUGUGGUUAACUCUGAAGCCAGAUCAGGUGAUCCUUCCCCUAGUUGAUGAAAAUGUUCAGCACCAAACUGUCCAGGGGAUUAUCUACCAAUAUCCAGAGACAAUUGCAAAUAUCGACUUGGUGAUGCACGAUUUACACUUGGAGCCCUUUUACUGGAGACUUCCAGAGCAGUUUCAAGGACGGAAGCUGAUGGCUUAUGGGGGAAAGCUGAAAUAUGCAAUCUUCUUUGAAGCACGAGAUGAGACUGGCUUUGCAACCUAUAAACCUCAGGUCAUAAUCAGAGGCGGACUUCCCACACGUACACAAAUGAUUGUCAGGCACGUAGCCGCUCCACUGAACGGUCAGUUGACAAGACACGAGAUAGAAAUGACAGAGCACGAAUGGAAAUAUGGCGAUGGCCCAAGAGCCAGUGAGGCUGUGACCCGUGAGGACUUCAUGGAUGUCCUGUACAACGUUCAUUACAUACUCAUUAAGGCCACUCAUGGAAGCUUCAUGAGGCAAAGCAGAAUUUCUGAAAUCUCCAUGGAGGUUGCAGAGGAAGGCAAAGUAUCUGGAAGAACCCCUCAUGCCCAAAUGAUUGAGAAAUGUGACUGUCCUUUGGGUUCUUCUGGCUUGUCAUGUGAGGCAUGCUCCCUAGGCUUUUAUAGACUCCGUUCUGUUGACAGACGACCACGCCCAGGUUUAGGAGCCUGUGUCCCAUGUCAGUGUCAUGGGCACAGUGAGAUGUGUGAUCCUGAAACUUCAGUUUGUCAGAACUGCCGUCACAACACUAGUGGUGAGCACUGCGAAAGAUGCGCUCCUGGCUUCUAUGGGAUUGUCAGAGGAUCUCCGAAUGACUGCCGACAGUGCGCAUGCCCUCUGACAGUUUCAAGCAACAAUUUUAGUCCCUCAUGCAUCAUGGAAGGAGUCAAUGAUUAUCGUUGUUCUGCAUGUGCCCCAGGAUACGAGGGGCAGUACUGUGAAAGAUGUUCCUCUGGAUACACAGGGAAUCCAAGAAUUCCUGGUGGAUCUUGUCAAGAAUGUGAGUGCCAUCCAUAUGGUUCGCUGCCUGUUCCAUGUGAUCCUGUCACUGGACAAUGCACGUGCAAACCUGGAUCAACUGGCCUGAAGUGUGCAGGAUGUGAACCCCGGCAUGCUCGUGAAGGCAUACGAUGUGUUUCUUGUGAUGAUGAGUGCACUGGAUUCCUUCUCCGUGACUUGGAUCAGCUACACCAGAUGGCUCUGAGUGUCAAUCUCAGUGGGCCGCUUCAUCCACCAUAUAAAAUGCUUUAUUCUUUCGAAAAUACAACCCAGGAAUUAAAGCAUUUAUUGUCACCUCAGCAAGCACCGGAGAGACUCGUUUGGUUGGCACAGGAGAAUUUGGAUACCCUUGUGACAGAGAUGGAUGAGCUGUUGACAAGGGCGACCAAGGUGACAGCAGAUGGGGAACAAACCAGACAGGAUGCUGAGACGACUAAUGAGAGAGCGAAGGUGCUUGGACAGUUUAUCAAGGGCACCCUCCAGGCUGCAGAAGCUGCAAACGAUACUGCUUCAAGAUUGAAUGAGACACUUGGAAUUCCAGAUAAGACCCUAGACAAAAGCCUUCAUGAAUUACAAAAUGAAGUUGACAAAAUGAUGGCUGAACUCAGGAAGAGAAAACUGAAUAUACAACAGGAAUUUGCUCAAGAAGAGUUGGAAGCAGCAAAAGCCCUCCUGAAGAAUGUGAAUAAGUUAUUUGCAGAGCCUGGGAAGAAAACAGAGGAACUGAAGAAUGAAGUCAGAGACAAACUGGCAGACUACCAAGAUAAAGUAGAUGAUGCUUUGGACCUGCUGAGAGAAGCCACUGACAAAAUUAGAGAGGCAAAUAGACUAUCUGCAAUCAAUCAAAAAGACAUGACUGUAGUAGAGAAAAAGAAGCAAGCUAUGGAAGAUGGACGACAAGAGGCUGAAAAUACUCUAAAAGAAGGAAAUGAUAUCCUCAGUGCAGCUAAUGACCUUGCAGAUGGAAUCAAUUCAGCUGUAGAGUAUGUGGAUGAGAUUCGAGAUAGAAUAAGUCCACUGUCUGAUGAACUAAAAGAUAAAAUAGACGAUUUAUCUCAAGACAUCAAAGACAAGAAUCUUCCAGAAAUGGUGCUUCAGGCAGAGAGACAUGCUGCCCAGCUGAAUGAUUCAUCUGCUAUACUGGAUGGGAUCCUUGGGGAAGCUAAAAACCUCUCCUUCAAUGCCACAGUAGCCUUUAAAGCCUACAGUAAUAUCAAGGACUAUAUUGAUGAAGCUGAUGCCAUUUCUAAGGCAGCUAAAGCUCAGGCCAAUGAAGCUGUACAAAUGGCAACUCCUCCAGAAGGUUCACUAAAGGACAGUGCCAAGAACGCUCUACAAAAAAGCUUCAGAGUUCUCAAUGAUGCCAACAGGCAAGAAAAUGAUGCUAGAGAAAAUGCUGGUAAUCUUAAAGGAAUGCAGAAUAGGUUGCAAGAUGCAGAGGAAAAGAACUCUGAUCUCCUGCGAACUUUGAAUGACACCCUGGGAAAACUGUCAGCAAUUCCUAAUGAUACAGCAGCCAAGGUACAAGCAGUCAAAGACAAAGCCCAGCAAGCUAAUGAUACUGCAAAUAAGGUACUGGAUAGAAUUAGAGAUCUCAACAAGAAUCUUCUUGGUUUAAAAGACAACUACAGAAGACUUGCUGAUGAUGUGGCCAAAACAAAUGCUGCGGUGAAAGAUCCCAGCAAAAACAGAAUCAUUGCUGAUGCAGAUGAUACUGUUAACAAUCUGGAAAAAGAAGCAGAUCGGUUGAUGGAUAAACUGAAACCAAUCAAAGAACUUCAAGAUAACCUGGGGAAAAACAUUUCUCACAUUAAGGACCUGAUAAAUCAAGCCAGGAAGCAAGCCAAUUCUAUUAAAGUAUCUGUGGCUUCUGGAGGCAACUGCAUUCGUACAUACAGACCAGAAAUAAAAAAAGGAAGCUACAACACAGUCAUUCUCAAUGUAAAGACCACAGUUGCUGACAACUUGCUCUUCUAUCUUGGAAGUAACCGAUAUACUGACUUUUUGGCCAUAGAAAUGCGUAAAGGCAAAGUGGAUUUCUUGUGGGAUGUAGGAUCUGGUGUGGGACGUGCUGAGUUCCCAGAUCUAACCAUUGAUGAUGGAUUUUGGUACCGAAUUGAAGCGUCAAGGACUGGAAGAAAUGGCACUGUUUCCGUGCAGGCAUUAGAGGGUCCUAAAGCUGCUAUUGUACCAAGUAUUUCCAGUGCAAUUUCUCCACCUGGUUACACUAUUCUGGAUGUGGAUGCAAAUGCCAUGCUGUUUGUUGGAGGCCUAACUGGGAAAAUAAAGAAAUCUGAUGCUGUAAGAGUCACGACUUUUACUGGUUGUAUGGGAGAGACUUAUUUGGACAGCAAACCAAUAGGACUGUGGAAUUUCAGAGACAUUGAAGGAGAGUGUAAGGGCUGUGCUGUCAGCCCACAGGUGCAGGAUAGUGAGGGCACUGUUCAGUUUGAUGGAGAAGGGUACGCGACAGUGAGCCGCCCAAUAAGAUGGAACCCAAACAUCUCUGUUGUCAUGUUCAAGUUCAAGACAUUUUCUUCCACUGCUCUUCUGAUGUACCUUGCUACAGCAGACCUGAAAGAUUUUAUGAGCAUAGAACUCAGUGAUGGGCGUAUCAAAGUUGGCUAUGAUCUAGGUUCAGGAACAGCUUCUGUUGUUGGUAACCAGAACCACAAUGAUGGAAAAUGGAAAUCAUUCACCUUGUCAAGAAUUCUAAAACAAGCUAAUAUAUCAAUAGUAGAUAUAGAGUCCAAUCAGGAGGAGAGCAUAACAGCAGUUUCUUCAGGGAAACACUUUGGCCUCAACUUGAAAGCCAGUGAGCCAAUCUAUUUCGGUGGACUACCAACACUGAGAGGAAACCUAAGUAUGAAAUCAAGGCCUGAAGUAAAUGUAAAGAAAUAUGCAGGUUGUAUCAAGGAUAUUGAAAUUUCUCGGACACCAUACAAUCUUCUGAGCAGUCCUGAUUAUGUUGGCAUUAUAAAGGGGUGUACACUGGAGAACAUCUACACAGUCAGCUUCCCUAAACCAGGCUUUGUGGAAAUGCCACCAGUUUCACUUCAUGUGGGAACAGAAAUCCACUUGUCCUUCAGCACUAAAAAUGAAUCUGGUAUCAUACUGUUUGGCACUAGUGGGGUGCCAGUAUCCACAAAGAGGAAACGCAGGCAGACUGGACAGGCCUAUUAUGCAGUGUUCCUGAAUGGAGGCCGACUAGAAGUGCAUGUCUCCAAUGGGAUGAGAGAUCCUCACAGGAUCACCAUCAAACCUGAAUCUGGCGAGUUUCAUGAUGGCAGAGAACACUCCAUCUGGAUAGAGAGACUCACUGGGCUGUUUGCUAUACAAGUAGAUGAGGACAGAAGACAAUCUCAGAAACUCCCAUCAGAUCAACCUAUUUCUAUUAAGAAGCUUUUUGUGGGAGGGACACCGCCUGAAUUUCACACCGUCCCAAUUAGAAACAUACCUGCCUUCAGUGGAUGCAUAUGGAACCUGGUCGUCAAUGCCAUUCCGAUGGAUUUUGCCCAGCCGGUGUCCUUUGCAAAUGCAGAUAUUGGCAGGUGUCCCGAGUUAGGACCACUGCAUGAGAAAGAAGAGCGGGAGGAGGAGGAACCUUCCCGUGCAACAGCUGAGCCAGGCGUGGAUGAGAAGAAAGCAAGCCCCACUCCUCCUGCUUCCCUGCCUUCUUUUCUUCCUUUGCCAGACUCGCUUGCCGCUGAAGUGAAGAAUGCCAACAUUUCAGCUGACCUUGACAUUGUGACGGAACAUUGCGCUGCUGACGUGGAGCCAAUUACCUUGGAAGGUGGUAAGCAAUUUGGCCUGUCAAGGAACAGCCAUAUUGCUGCCGCAUUUGAUGACACCAAAGUUAAGAAUAAGCUCACUAUUGAAUUUGAAAUCAAAACCACGGCUGAAAAUGGGUUGCUUUUCUAUAUGGCCCGGAUUAAUCAUGCUGAUUUUGCCACUGUUCAGAUAAAGAAUGGCUUUCCUUACUUCAGUUAUGACCUGGGACAUGGGAACACAAGCACGAUGAUUCCCAACAAAAUCAAUGAUGGCCAGUGGCAUAAGAUUAAAAUAUCCCGAAGCAAGCAAGAAGGCAUCCUGGUAGUUGAUGGUGCGAUAAACAGGACCACGAGCCCAAAGAGAGCUGAUAUAUUAGAUGUUGUGGGGAUGCUGUAUGUUGGAGGACUGCCAGUUAACUAUACAACUAAAAGAAUUGGCCCAGUUGUUUAUAGCAUUGAUGGCUGCAUACGACACUUUCAAAUCACAGAGUCUCCUGUUGAUCUGGAUAAUCCUACCUCCAGCUAUAAAGUUGGAAAAUGCUUUGCCAAUGCAGAGAAAGGGACAUACUUUGAAGGAACGGGGUUUGUCAAAGCAGUUGGAGCCUAUAAGGUGGGGUUAGAACUGCUAGUGGAAUUUGAGUUCCGUACAACACAGAAAAAUGGUGUUCUUUUGGGGAUCAGCAGCCAAAAAACAGAUGGACUUGGCAUUGAAUUGGUGGAUGAAAAUGUUAUGUUCCAUGUCAAUAAUGGUGCUGGUCGAUUCUCUGCCAUCUAUGAACCUGCUCUGCCAGGUAGCUUGUGUGAUGGACAGUGGCAUAAGGUUAUCGCACACAAGAUAAAGCAUCGUGCAUUGCUGACAGUGGAUGGCCACCAUGUAGAAGGUAUCAGUCCAAAUGCAGCUUCCACUUCAGCAGAGACUAAUGAUCCUGUCUUUGUUGGAGGAUAUCCUGAUGGACUCAGUCAAUUUGGUCUGACCAUUAACAUCCGUUUCAAAGGAUGUAUUAGAUCCAUGAAGCUCACCAAAGGGACUUUUAAACCUCUAGAGAUUAACUUCAGCAAAGCCUUGGAGAUAAAAGGAGUUCAGCCUCUAUCAUGCCCUGCAAAUUAACAGGACAUUGUCCAACUCUGAUAUGAUCCUGAACACUUCCAUAGAAAAAAAAGGAAUGCCUCCAAUAUUUAAAGAAUCCUAUAUACACAGUACCUUCAUAAUAAAAAAGUCCUUUUGCAAAUAUUUUGACUUCUGUCUCUGAUAUAUUCCAAAGGGUGCUAUUUCAAGGUGUGCUUCUAAAACAAAUAUUUGAAUGAUAAAUGUUUUCCCAUUGCAAUUAGUAAAGCAGCAAGAUUCUCCUGUGUGAUCCAUCAGUCUUCCCCUCAGUUUGAAGUGAAAAUAUUUGCUAGAGUUUUGAAGAACUACACUUAGAUAGACCUACGAUUGUCAGUGUGAAGUAGGUGAUAGUCCUAUUUGUUUGUUUGUGAAGUGGGUGAUAGUCCUAUCUUGAGAUGGAGACAGGUGACUGUAUGUACUGUGUACUCCACUUUUUUUGCAGAGGUUUAUUAUGGUAAGACCCAACUGGAUUAAUGGUAAUUCUCCUGGAAUUUUCUCUGAUAAUGACUAUUUCAGGGAACUUUGGCUCCACUUGUACCUUUCUUUCAUGCAUCUCUGUGGCCAGAAUAAGAUCAGCAGAACAAUGUUAGGCUUUAUCUGGUUGGCUGUUGUAGUAAAGUGAUGAAAAUGGAUGAGCAAACAAUUGGAUCUUGUGGCUUCCAUUCUGAAAUUCAAAAGUUAUAUGCCAUCUACACUGGAGCACUAUUUUAGGUUUUGGUAGGAAGGACUGAGACAUUUCUGUUUUGGCAGAAACAAGAUCCCCAGCAAGGUUCACAAGCCUGUGCUUGAAUAUUCUUGAGAUUAAUUUGCAAAAGGUAUUUAAUAAUGUUUAGUGUGUGAUCAUCACUUUUUGUACUUUUUAAUAACAAGAAAUACUCCUGAGAAAUAGCCCCAUGUGGUCUGAAGCUGGUCUCUUGGGUACAGACGUAUCUUCCAGAAUGAGACUUGUGUGCUGUAAGUACAGCAGAGUUUGUGUAUCUUUCUGUAGGAGAUCGCUGUAAGUUCUUCCUUUAGCUAUUACACAGGGAAAAGUGAAUAUAAGCACUUUCAUAACCGUAAUGUCCACUUCAGCAUUUAUCUAGAAAUAUGUAAGCAUUUCCUUCGUGACAUGGAGGCCCAAUGUGCUGCACAUCAGGAACCUCAGAUCCAGAGAAAAAUUUAUAAACUAUCUAUUACUGUAUGUGCUUAAUUUAAAAACCCAACUUUUCAAUAGCUAUAAAGCUAUUCAGUCCUAAAAAAACAGUAUUAUUUCACUGUGAGCUGGCAUCCAAAUCUUAGAUGUAUUCUGCUGUUGAUUUCAUUAUUCUGUUUGUAUAACAUACAGUUUCCAUAAUGUUCAGAAUUCAAAGUUUUAUUUGCCUGUCUGGGAGUUUAGAAGUGUUGGGGAGAGAAAAAGCAAAUGUGUACUGCUUAUUUGGUUUAUGUAAUGCUAUUACAAAGAAUAUAUUGCACUGAAAUCCUAAUAUAUCAUUUCAAUAGCAA